ACUUAUUUUACAAUGUAUAUGUUUUGUUGAGUGGCAGAGUUCUAGGCCUUACAAUAAAUUUGUUGUUUUUUGUUCCUUCUUUAAGUACGGAUGUGUAAAAAAAAAAGUAGACCUCUAAUAUAGCCAGAAAUCAGGGAAGGGCUAUCAUGUCUGUUAGGCUGUACAGUUUGUCAAGAUGGACAGAGCUUAUAUGGAUAUUUCAGUUACUAUUUGAUAUAUUAGCUGCCAAUGUGUAUACUAACCAUUUUGCUGUUCAUAUAGAAGGAGGCAAUCAUGUAGCAGAUAAUGUAGCUAGACAAACUGGAUUUAAAAACUUGGGGCAGAUAGGCUCCCUUCAUGACCACUACCUGUUUGAGGCCCCACACAGACAUAGGAGGUCAGCAUCACCAAGCCAUGAAGACCAUGCAACAUUACAUCAACAUGACCAGGUGAACUGGUUUGAACAACAAACUGUCAAGUCUAGAAAAAAGAGAGACUUUCACCCUAAAGGUACAGAACAAUUUAACGUACUGGAUCCAUAUUGGAGUAAUCAGUGGUAUUUGAAUAAAGGUGCCUUUGGUAACAAUGACAUGAAUGUUAUAAAGGCAUGGCAGUUAGGGUUCACUGGGAAAAAUAUUGUUAUAACUAUUCUUGAUGAUGGAUUAGAGCGUACACACCCAGACCUUAAAACUAAUUACGACUCCUAUGCAAGCUAUGAUGUAAAUGACCAUGAUAGCGACCCAACGCCUCGUUAUGAUCCAUCAAAUGAAAACAGGCAUGGAACAAGAUGUGCUGGUGAAGUGUCUGCUGAAGCUAAUAACAGUUACUGCACUGUGGGUAUUGCUCCAAAUUCCAGAAUAGGAGGUGUGCGCAUGUUAGAUGGUGAAGUCUAUGAUGCUGUGGAGGCUGCUUCCUUGAGCUUUAACCGCAGCCACAUUGACAUCUACUCGGCCAGCUGGGGCCCUGAUGAUGAUGGCAAAGUUGUUGAUGGUCCAGGAACUCUGGCAAAGAAAGCCUUUAUUAAUGGCAUAGAAUAUGGUCGUGGUGGUAAAGGUUCUAUAUUUGUCUGGGCAUCUGGGAAUGGUGGCAGUGCUCUGGACUCGUGUAACUGCGAUGGCUAUGCCAACAGUAUCUUCACUUUGUCUAUCAGCAGUGUGUCAGAGAAUGGGGUAAAACCUUGGUAUCUGGAGGAGUGCUCCUCAACACUGGCUACAACCUACAGCAGUGGAGCAUACAAUGAGAAACAAAUUGCCUCAACAGAUCUCCAUGAAAAAUGUACAACAAGCCACACUGGCACAUCAGCUUCUGCUCCUUUGGCUGCUGGGAUGGUUGCUCUUAUACUGGAAGCCAACAAAGAUCUGACGUGGAGAGAUGUCCAGUAUAUUACUUUAAUGACCGCCAGGCCUGGACCUAUUAGAGAUGGAGAAUGGGUGACUAAUGGUGUUGGCCGAAAAGUGAGCCUUCGUUAUGGUUAUGGUUUGAUGGAUGCUUAUGAAAUGGUCAAGCUGGCUCAACAGUGGAUAACUGUCCCAGAGAAAAGGGAAUGCAUAGCUCUAUCAGAUGUCAAGGAUGUACCUUUGGCACCUCACCAGAGGUUUACCAGUGAAAUUGUCACUGAUGGCUGCAAAGGAACAAAAUUAGAAGUGACUUAUCUUGAGCAUGUCCAAGCGGUCAUCUCCUUGACCUAUGAAGUUAGGGGCAAUGUGGUCAUCUUUCUCACAUCUCCUAAGGGGACCAGAUCUCAGCUCCUGCCACACAGGCCCAAUGAUGUUAACGCCGGAGGUUUUAAAGAAUGGCCCUUCCUCUCCGUCCACUUUUGGGGAGAGAACCCUCAGGGAGUUUGGACUCUGGAGGUUCAAGAUGGUGACCAAUACAAUUCCCAAGAAUCAGGAGGUGUUUUAACGAGCUGGUCCCUAGUGUUUCAUGGAACAGUGGAAUAUCCAAUUAGGUUUCAGAAUGAGACAACAAAAACAUCUCCACCUCCUGUAACAACAGCCUUACCGAACAUCGAUAGUAUAAAGAGCCAAGAAAACUGCAAUGCAGAAUGUAAAGGAGGGUGCCGUGGUCCCUUAGACACAGAUUGCAUAGAGUGUAAAAAUUUUCACAUUGGACAUUUAAAGAAAUGUGUGCCUAAAUGUCCAGAUGGCUACUAUUCUAAAGACAACAUGUGUUUCUCAUGUGAAGUGAGCUGUGCUUCAUGUAGCGGCCCAAUGCUGACCCAAUGCCUGAGCUGCCCCCCAGGCCAUCAGCUUCUGAACCCCAAAGCCAAGCAAAUGAUUUGUUCACCAGACUGCCUGCCUGGGUUCUAUCUCAAUGCUAAUACUUGCCUUCCUUGUGACCCCACAUGUAAGGAGUGCCGGCAUUCCAGCGCUGAUUGCAUUUCUUGCAACCCUAAUUAUAAACUUGUAGGGGAUGUGUGCCUGCCUGAGAAGGAAGCCCAGAGUCCAUUGGAUAAAGACAGUGCCUCCUCCAUGAAGAGCCUAGAGAACACAGCCAUCAUCAUCAUAGUCGUGUGCCUGUCUAUCUUGUUGAUCACCUCCUUGAUUGUCACCCUCUUGUUUGCUCGUAGGUAUAGCUACCUUUGCUGGGCAGACAAAAAAUUCUAUGGCCAGAUACCUCGGGAUGAGGAUGAUGCAGAUGUCAGGUUUGCUUACAGUGAUGAGAUUGAAGAGUACUGAUUGGUGCGUGUGACUAGAGCAUUUCUUAGAGUGUUUGUGUCAAAUAUACUUGGUAAAAUUGUUUCUUUGCUUGAUUGUGGCGGGGUAACAUAUUCUAAACACUACUUAUUGUUGUAUAGGAAUAUUAUAAGUUAAAAAAAAAGCAUUAGAAAAAAAAUUGUUUAAAUUAAAAAAGUAUAAUAGUAAUAUUUCCAGCUGUUUUCAAGCAUUAAAUAUUUAUUAAGCAUUACCCGGUGUAAACUUAUUAAACAGGUUUGUCUGUUUGCGUUAAUGUUAAGCUAAUGUUUUAAAUUAUAUCUUCAUUGAACUCCUGAGAAAAACUUUUGCAAAUAAAUGAAUGUAUAUUAAAUAUCUGGUCAGAAAAAAAAAUAGUUGUUGUAAAAGAAAAGUAUUUAUGCAAUAGACUAAAAUGAUCUAAAGAAUCUGGCUGCAAGUUACUGAAAAAUGUCCAUGAAAUGAAUAACUUGUCAGUCAUUUGCAAGCAGUGUAUGCACUUGUAAGAAUUGUGUUUGGAUUCAAUGCAUUACAGAAACUGUUAAGUGUACAAGGUUUGUGAAUGUCUGAAUGCAGAUUGGAAAUGUGUUGGACGUUAUACAAGAUCAAAUAUUGAUAUAUACAUUUGUAAUUGAUUCAUGUUUGUUUUGUUGGACUGUAUCAUAUCACAAACUUUAUAUCCAGACAGACUGUCAACAUUUCUUAGAGAUUUCUUAACUUGAAUUAAAAUGGAUGCAUUCAUUGGACGCCAAAAACUCUUUACUUAUAAAACCUCUAUGUGGGAUGCUAAUACUUCAAGCAUAAAUAUUUCAAUAAUUUACUUUUUCUUUAAUUCAUAUGUGUCUGUUCCAGUUAUUACAGCAUUUAUACAUAGUGUUAUUUAGAGUUGUAUGUUUUUGUAAUUGAAAUCACCGGGAAACAAAUAUUUAUUUUAAUAAUAUGUAUUUCUGCCUAUUCUUUUGAUCUACCAACACUUAAUCUCAAGCUAUUUGAAACUGUACAUACUUGGAAUGCCAUAUUCAGAAAUGAAAAACAACAAAAACAACUUAUUGACUAUUGUUAAUGACAGGUUUUGAGUAUAUGGAGUCCAAAUUUAAUUAAUAAUAUGGAAAAAAAAAGUAAAUAGAAAAUCUGAAUAAUCCAUAACAUUGUUGUAUGUUGUUAUUUAUAUUUGAAUUUCAACAUUUUUUUUUUUUUGCUUUUCAAUUUAUUCAUUUUUAUUCUAUUUCUUGUUUUACAUGAUGGACAUAGUGAAAAGUCAAACCUCAUUAUGUUGAGCUAGAAAUGAUAUUGGUCUAUUCAAAGCUUAGUUAAAACUUUUGAAAAAACUGUACUUAGGAAGGAUAUCUUUUCAAUAGAAAAAACAUGUUCAUAUGACAGUUCAGUGUAAUAAGGUUUGUCUUUUAUUUUCAUCAUAAAAAUGCUAACAAUAUGCUUUUGUUAGGAGGAAAUUGAUUUACAUUAAUUUAUAGUAGUAUUGGGGAAAAUCUGUCUUUCAUUGUCAUAAUUCUGGUAAAGGUUUUUGAUAAAAUAUCACUGCUGCAAAAUUUGAGUACAACAUUUUGAUGACAUCCUUAUGGUACAUAUUCUGACAAAUGUGAAGAAUUGAAACAUGUUUAGUUGCUAAGAUUCACUUGAAGUAUUAAGUAUCAGUCAUACAUACACAAGUUUUAGGGAUACUAGGAUUGAACUGGGGAUUGACAGCCUGGCCUGAAUUCCGUUGCAUUGAUCAGCUCUAUUUUGGUACCUGGUCUUGUGUGAGGAAGUAAAGGGUUAUUGGUUGUAGCUGGGUAGUUUAAAGGUUAAGCUUAUUGGUUUUAGCUGGGUAUUUUAAAGUUUAAGGUUAUCGGUUUUAGUUGUAUAGUUGAAAGGUUAAGGUUAUCUGUUUUAGCUGGGUUGUUAAAAGGUUAGGAUUAUUGGUUUACUGAAAUGUAACACUGUGACCUCCCCUGCACAGCAAUGCUAUGCACCAGUUGUUGAUGUGAUCACCAUCACUUUAAUUGAUAAUUCUUUGAGAAAAAUACAUCCACACAUGUACCUAUAAAUGUACCUAUUAUUUUGUUAGAAAGGCGAACUAACAGUAUCUGACAUUGAAAAAAAAAAAAAUGUCAGUGUAUUGUUGAAUGUUUUACUUAGCAAAAUAAAAAAAAAAAGUCCGAUUCAGUGAAAGUUGUGUACAUAAUUUUGUUGGACAGUUUGAAUGUUGUAGAGACAUUGAUUGUGAUACACUUGUGUUUACAUAGAUCUAAAUGAACGGGAGCUAGAUGAAACAAUAUUUGUAGACUUGAUUCAACAUUUGUUAUUAUUGACUGCAUUCUGUGCAUGUUUUAUUGUUGAUAUACAAAGAUGAAGAAGACCAUUCUUAUUAAAAAUUUCCACAGCUUUUCAUCUGAUCCAGAACACCUUCACCUGUAAGUGGAACAAUUAUAUUAAUACCAUGUAAUAUAAAGAAAAAAAUAUUAAAAACUCUGUUCAAUUUGUAACUCAAAAAUGUUUGUUAAAUCAAAAUGAUUUGAUAUUUAAGAUAUGGAUUAUAAAAAUAUUUACAAUUUUAAUUGAAAGACAUGUAUGUCAUGAACUUUGACCAUUUAAUAUGUAAUGUAUAUCACAUAGAUUCUUGCUAACAAUUCUUUCCUUGUUUCUUCCAUUCUGUUAUUGACAUCGUCUACAUUUGCUGAGGACAUUUUGUCACUAUUUCCUGAAUAGAUUUUUGGCUGUGAAAUCUUUUUUUUAAUGUAUACCUGAUCUUUUUUUUUUUUUUUUCUUCUGCAGAUGAUAUGUUUGGUUGUUUAAUGUAACAACUUUGUGUUUAUACAUGUAGAUCUAAGCUGUCUUGUAUAGCUCUGUCUUAAGAUUGAAUUGUUAGAAAUGUUUUUAUUUCUAUUAGUUGUUGUAGAGCUGUAUUUCUCUGUAAGUUAAGAAAAGAUUUCCUGACAGCCUUUUAGUUAUAGCUAAAGAAAUGAUCUAUUGUGUUGUUUUUUUUUGUUGUUGUUUUUAAUUAAAAAAAAAAUUUCCUUAAAUCUUCAAUGUCAUACACAUUUCAUGAGCUUAAUCUACAUUUCCAAUAUCUUUUAAAAGAUCAUUUUAGAACAGGUCAUUAUUUUUUUAAAAGCAUUUCUAGAUUAUUAAUAGAAUUCAUAUGAUGUUUAUGAAUAAUAGAUGUCAAUUAUUUUAUUAAAAAAAAAAGAAAAUCUAAAUUAAAACAUUUGGAAUCUGUUUUUCUUCAAAGCUGCUUUUAAAUAUUCCGUAGAAAUACAUAUCAUUGGAAUGAAAAAUCAUUAAUAAAAGGCCAGUUUUAUUAGAUGGAGUACACAUUUUAAACGUUUUACUGGAAAGCACUUCAAUUGUUAUCCGUGGAUAUAUGUUAUAUAUUUUUGUAUGUGUCUACUCAACAUUUCUCAAAGAUUAUUGGUUCCUCUUCUUUUCUAAUGUAUAGGAUUGAUUAAGGACACUGAAGGAAGGAAGCUUCUGCUUUUGAUAUGUUCAAACUUGAGUAUGUUCAAACAAUUAGAAUCUAGACUGAAUUUUAAUCAAAUCCAAUGUUGCAGAUUCAUUUGAAGCUCUUGUUACUUACAGAAUGGUUUAUGGGAAACAUUUUUUUUUACCAUAUGUUCUAAUUUCAUCACCCUUCUUUCAUAGUGAGACUUGAGUGGUCAUUGUUGUGUUGAAUUGAUCUCUGUUCUAGAAAGACCAUUAUGCUUCAGUUACUUCUCUGUCUGUUGGAUAAAAGAUUCCAUAGUUGUUUUUCUCGUUUUUGUUUAAGUCUUUAAGUAUAAAACAAUUUUUUUCUUGUGAGAGCCAGGCUUAUCUCUGGUGGCAACUUCAGCUCAGUAAGCUAGAAACUUUAAAAAAAAAAUUUAACUAUAUUCUAAAAUUGGCUUUUAUUUUAUGAGCGGUUACUUUACUAGUCUCAUUUGUCUACUAGUCUUAGUGUCAUAGUCUCUGCCCAGUAGCUGGAUACACACUAGUUGAGGCUGUGCUACAGUUUGUUGGUUGAGUCAAAGAGUUUGGAUAUUGCCUGAGUCUUCUUGUUAGCUGUACAUAUCUAUUAUUGUUGAUCCUCAGCUGUCAGUUCACCCUUUGACCUUUAGUACACCCUUUGACCUGUAGUACACUUGAAGGUUCUUAGCUCCUUGCCUCUUUCCUUUGAAAAUACUUUUAUUGAAACUUCCUCCAAAGUUUUCAAAUCUGUAUGUGGGUGUCUUAAUUGUUUGUGUGUGUGUGUGUGCUGAAAUAAUCAUUUUUAAUCUGCACUGAUUUUCUUUUUUUUUUUUCUGACUCAUAAUAAGACUUUAUAUAUAUAUUGACAUAUACAUGUAUAUUCUUUUUUUUUUCUGUUUGUUAAACUAUGAAUAAAAUGAUCUUGAAAACAUUGUC